AUGUCUAGCAUUAGUCCGGCCUCCCUAGAAAGCGGCGGGCUGGGUUCAUCGAAGACAAACGAAGACAGACAUGAAGCGAGAAGUACUAGUGUACACUCUAGGGAACAGGUAUUCGCGCCAGAAAUGAGUAUUUCCUCGUCUUUGUCGUCUCUCAGUUAUAGAGACUCUUCCAUCAUUGGGCCGGUGGUAAGCCCUUCGCCGUUACUCACACCAGAACAACAAGUCGAUGAAGAGUCAACACCAAGUCCUCCGAAUACUAGAUUGGGGCGCCAAGCUGGUCUCCAAGAAGAAUACCGCGUGCUACACUAUUGCCCUCCAAUCAACCUGUUGGACCCUAUGCCUCUGCUAUUGAUGAACUACACGCAUGGCAUCCCAACACAUGACGUCGAUGAUAUGCAUGCAUUGUCUUUCCAUCGGACUAUAUUUGGGCCACUGAAGUCAACACGUACCCCUGCCCAAUCUGCCCAAUCUCUUUUUGUUGACUAUGUUGUCGACAAGAAAAUGGCGCUCCACUUCCUCCUCGCCGUCGCUCAUAGUGAAUUAUCACUGUACUAUGACAAUGGGCUCGUUCUACCCCAAAAGUCUUAUCUGCACUUCGACCAAGGUACAAAGUUGCUUCGGUAUGCUUCAACUCCGCGGGGGCCUACUGACCACGUGAACAUGAUGCUCUCCUUUUUGUAUAUGUAUAUGUUCUGGAUGCGGCGCGACCAACCCGCCCCACAAAAGCUGCGAGAACUAAGUCGAACAGUAGUGGACUAUGUGAGGACUUAUAAGGUUGAUGAGUUGUGUACUAAUGAUGACGUGAAUGUCUUCUCGGAGACUUUCGCUGCUGGAUUGUUAAUUCCAGAUCAAGUCCUUCUCGCGCGCAUCUUCACAUACCUAUACGAUCGCGAUGGCUUCUGCUCCUUCUUCGGAUGCGGUGGCUCCUUCGCUACAUUUGUUAAUGAUGACUACUCGAAGAGGCGUAAAAUCUGGAGGCUCUCGCGGACCGCAUUUCUUUUGUUUCCCGAAGAGAACGGGCUUACUAGUGACAGCUUGCCAGAGGUCCACGAAGCAGCUAUAUUGGAGCUUUAUUUCAUGCUCAUUACCAUCCACCAUGAAAUCAAUAUUUACAGCCAAACCGGGAAUCUACACCGGUAUGGUGACGAACGAAGGUUAAAGCAACACCUAGAUGAGCUGAAAAAGGUACAUACGGUCGCGCAUACAAAUUUUGUGUCGUAG